UAUACCAGUGACUGUCACUAAUCAAUGGACACGUGAUGGUACUAAUGUUCCUAUGGGUUCAUCUGAUGCUACUAUUACUGAGGGUCUCAAUAUGAUCAAUACAUUGAAUUAUAAUGCAACAUUAAUGUUCUAUCCAUUGGAUAACGCUGAUGAUAGUGGAAUGUAUACUUGUAAUGUUGAAGCGACUGCUCCUAAUAGUUACAUGUAUCUCAGGAAUACAUCAGCUAGUGCUAACACUUCCAUUACAGUUAUGGCUACUCCAAUGCCAGUAGUAGAGAUAGUAACUAUGGGUAUGGCUGAACCUGGUGAAGCAUACAUGUUAAAUUGUACAGUGACAGUUGUUGAUAGACUCAUAGUCUCACCAGUGAUAACAUGGACUAAGAGAUCAGCUAACAAUGUUAUUAGUGUACCUCCAGUUCUUAUGACUGUAUCUAAUGUAAUGAGAUCGCUUUAUUUGAACUUUUCUUCUCUCAAUACUUCUGAUGCUGGUCUGUAUACUUGUGAAGCCUCCAUUAAUGUUAGUCAGAUAUCAAUGGUAGCAAGGAACGAUGACACAUCAAACUUACCAUUAGAAA